GAUGCGCAGUAAGAACUUCCUUUACACACGGAAAACGUUGUAAAGCAACCUCAACAGGACUUACUUAUAAAAACAUUAAGUCCCAAAAUUUAAAGAUGUCACCAACCAUUCUCGUCCUAGCGUCGUUGCUGGCAUGCGCGUUGGGCCAUGGUCGAGUGUUCCAGCCUCCUUCGAGAGCAUCAGCUUGGAGAUUCGGCUUCCCCACUAAGCAUAACUAUGAUGACGAUGGUCUAAACUGCGGGGGCUUCUCUGUGCAAUGGUCUACCAACGGGGGCAAGUGUGGUAUUUGUGGCGACGCGUACAACAUACCUGAACCAAGACCUCACGAGCUUGGUGGCAUUUACGGGGACGGAAUCAUCGUCGCUCGAUACACGCCAGGCUCCCCAAUCACAACAACGGUGCAAAUAACUGCUUCACAUUUGGGCUUCUGGGAGUUCAAAAUAUGCCCGGAUCCUGAAAGAAAUGAUCAGGAAUGCUUCGACGAAUACGUGUUAGAACUCGAAAAUGGCGGCACGAAAUACUAUCCAACUAGAGGUAGUACGACAUACAACGUCAAUUAUAGGCUUCCACGAGAUUUAGUAUGUGAACAUUGUGUCUUGCAAUGGAGGUACACUGCUGGUAACAAUUGGGGUAUCUGCAACAACGGUACCCAAGGUCUUGGAUGCGGUAAUCAGGAGCAGUUCUUGGCGUGUUCGGAUAUUAAUAUUGGAAAUUCCGGGACCGCGGAAUUGGUUGGUAAUUCCGAGGAGAAUGAGAUACCCAAUCCAUUGUUUAACUAUUUGAAGAAUGGAUUCUUUGACGCUCAGCAAGGUAAGCUGGUUGAAGAAGUUAAUAAUGAUUUGGAUGGUGGUCUUGAAUAGUUUUGUAUUCUGAGUUGUGUUAGAAAUUUAAAACUAUUUUUUUUCUGUAUUACAAUUGUGUAUAUUUCUUCCCUUUUUUUUUCAAAAGCACUAACGUUUUAGGCUGUUUACGGGUCCCAAUCGAAACGUUGGUUUGUUUGAAAAAACAAACAUACGCGAAUUUAAGUAUAUAAUUGUUAUAGAAAUAUAACAUAUAUAGAAUUGUUUUUUUAUUAUUAAAUAUUUACGUGCGCAUUCCACCUCCAUCUCAUCGGACGGAAAGUGACGACGAUGGAACAUGCCACUGAAUAAUACCUAUUCAAUUUCGUCUUGAAAAGGUCCAAGAUACAUCGUUCAGGGAACAAGUCUGAGGACAACUAAUAGCAAUAGCGAAAAGCUAAGAAAUCAUUGCUUUGUGGCUACUUGGUAGCUAAAAUCUUUUUCUUUUCUCUUUUUUUAAAUAUAUCUUCUUUAAACGACAGAGAAGAAUGAGAUUAUAAUAAUAUUACUUAACUUAUUAUUAUGUUUAGUAAAAUGAGGUAUUUAUAUUUAUAUUUAAAAAUGUAUAAAGUGUAGUUUGUUUAAUGAUAAUGGGA